ACGCUGGCCGGAGCAGAUGUGACGAACCACUUUUUAUAACGCGCGAUUUUCUGCGCGGUUGCAAUGAGGGGUCCUAAGCUGGGAAGAUUGGACCAAUUACGGGAGAUCGGGAUCGGUGGAGAAUUGCAUCAGUGUCCUCGCUUUUUCGUCCUUUUUCGUCGCUUCGUGUCGGAUGAUCGGGUUCGGAGCCAGUGGGUUCGGUGUCUGAUGGGGAUUUGCAAUGCGCCGGCCACGUUUCAGCGAGCAAUGAACAUGACGUUCCAGAACUUCGUCAGCAAGGCACGGCUGAGGCAAGGAAUGAUUAACUUUUGUGUGAUCGUAUAUAUGAACCACAUCCUGGUCUAUUCGGAAACCUAUCACGGGCACGAGCAACACAUCGAAUGGAUAUUGGGUGCAUUGAGAGACGCUGGGUUCAAGAUUGCGCUUGAGAAGAGCGAAUUUUUCCUCUCGGAAAUUUCGUUCUUAGGCUAUGUUGUGACACGUGGAGGAUUGCGGCCAGACUCGAGAAAAGUUGCGGCGGUGAAGGAAACUCCGGUUCCCACGUCACUGACGCAGGUUCGAGCCUUCUUGGGACUGGCGUCGUACUACCGGCGCUUCAUCAAGGGCUUUGCCGUGAUUGCACGACCACUAACGAAUCUGUUACGGAAGGACCAGCCUCUCAGCUGGGACGCGGAGUGCCAGCAGGCCUUUGCAACCCUCAAGGACACUCUGGCGACGGCCCCUAUUUUGAUUCGACUGGACCCCUCGAAGCAGUUCAUUCUCAUCACAGACUGGCAACCGGAAGUUAUUUCCGCUAUUCUAGCGCAGAAGGGGAACGAUGGAGCUGCAGAGCGCAUCCCGCCGUCGCAGCAACAAUACCUAGAUCCCCGGACGGCUCGCGAUCCUGCCUUCUUCAGGCAUCCUACGCCGGAACAGCUUGCGGCCAUCCGAGAAGAAGAGGAGGAGGAAGAGAGUCCCGGGAGUGACGAAGACGACGACGGGUUGGAAGAAGGCGGGAACAGCGACGAAGAGCUCGGCGAGGAAGACGAGACCCCCGAAGAAGGAAGCUAUAGCGAGCAUAGCGAAGGGGAACAGAGCGAAGAAGAAGAAGAAAGCGAGGAAGGGGAAAAGGAGCACGACGAAGAGCCUGCUGGAUCGGAGUGGGAAGCCGUGCCAGAAGAAGCGCUGCGUACGGGUACAGAGGUUUAAGAUCUAGAAGCGGCCCGCAAAAGAAAAGAGAUUGUGGCCGGGAAGGAGCUAGAGCUCGCAAGCGC